GUCGUGGAUGGCUGGCCAAGUAGUCCCUCAAACCGCGCUAAACGCGUCUCUUCCAUCAUAAUAUAGCACUCAGAAAAAUUUACGAACUUCACAAAAAAGUGAAUGAGCUCAGAUCCAAUAUCUACCCCUUUUCUUUCUUUUAAUCCCUAAUCCACUUCUCUUCUUGUGCCCAACUCCAUCCUAUGGAAGCACAAGCAGCAUCAUCGCUCUCCGACAAACCCAAGCCUUCCCUCUCCAGGAAGUCCUCCUCCUCCUCCUCCUUCCGCCUCCGUAGCCCUAGCCUCAAUUCCCUCCGUCUCCGCCGCAUUUUUGACCUCUUCGACAAGAAUGGUGAUGGAAUGAUCACAGUCGAGGACCUUAGCCAAGCGCUUAGCCUUCUUGGCCUCGAUGCUGACUUCUCUGAGCUUGAAUCUACCAUCAGAUUUCACAUAAGGCCUGGCAAUGAUGGCCUUUUGUUUGAAGAUUUUAUGUCACUCCAUCAAUCGCUGGAUGAAGUCUUCUUUAGCAACGAGGAGAACAUUGAGGGCGGACAGGAUGCGAUGACGCAGGAAGAAUCCGAUCUAUCGGAGGCUUUCAAGGUUUUUGAUGAAGACGGCGAUGGCUACAUUUCUGCACAUGAAUUGCAAGUAGUGUUGAAGAAACUUGGGAUGCCAGAAGCUAAGGAGAUCGACAGAGUUGAGCAGAUGAUUUUCUCUGUUGAUCGCAAUCAAGAUGGCCGUGUUGAUUUCUUCGAAUUUAAGGACAUGAUGCGUAGCGUUAUCGUUCGCAGCUCUUAAUUGAAUCUCUCUCUCUCUCUCAUUUUCUUUCUGCAACUUUUCUUUUUCUUUUUUUUGGUAGUGAGUAGGCGUGGAAUGAAAAUCCAUUGAUGUAGUGAUGGUGCGCUUCAUGCAUGCAUGUAUAUGUUAAUCUAUGAUCGUGGAAUGAUCCAUAUAUAUAUCUCUUCAGGUUUUGGAUCUCCUUAUAUGUUAAUCUAUGAAUUAUCAUAUGAAAUUGAUAAUUUUACAUGAAUUCAAUUUAAUUUAUUUUUUUA